AUGCAGAUGUCAUCGAAAUGCCCGCGCGAAUUAUGGUUGGCCAUUUUCACUCACUACCUGGAGGCCGGCGGGGACAGGGACGUUCUUCGUCAGGUAUCACGACAAUGGAGAGCCCUCGUCGAUGAAGCUCCCGAGUUUUGGGAGAACGUCACCCUCUGCAAGCCCGCACAUUUCGAGGAUGCUCAGAAAUUCGCGGACUGUCUUCGACGGUCCCAUGAGCGACCAAUGGAUAUUGAACUCAAGGCCUCCCACACCGGUCCUAAAAAGGCUCUCGCCGUUGCCAAAACUCUCCGGAAGCAUACGGAGCGACUACGAACGCUCUAUGUGGAACAUACUGACCCGUUGGUCUUAUCAAAAAUGGUCAGACGCAUUGGUUGGAACCGUAAGUAUCUCAGGGCUCGUCCAACACCCCGGCUCCAGGCUCUGGGGAUCAGUUGCAAAUCCGAGGCUCCAACUGUUAGUUCGGUUGACGAAGCGGGACGGACUUUCGUGCACAACCCCUCGGUUUUCAUAUCCUCGCUGUCAUUACGGAAGCUUUCUAUCCCACUGGAUUUCGAACUUGCUCCAGGGGCAUCAUUCUGGUCUCGGCUGACGUCACUGGAAAUAGCGGAAGAUUACAUUCGGGGCAACGUCAAUAACGAUCUCAGCCUCGAAUUCGUCCUCGACUUGCUGAGACUCUCCCCGGCGCUGGAGGAGUUCACGUUUCGCUGUAAGCGUCUCCCGUGGUUGAACCUUCCUCAGUGCCCAAAGGACGUGCAGCUGGAAAGGCUUCAAUGUAUGGACAUCGCUAUUCCUCAUAUCGGCCUAUCUCUCCUGGAGCGUAUCGAUGCACCCCACCUGGUCAGCUUGACUCUGCGCGGUCAUCGUGGUGACUCCAGCUCCCCGUUGUGGCCACCAUCAUCGCUCCAGGCGCUGGAAAGCAUCGUCGAUGAUAUGUGUCGAUCCCCAUUAUCCGCAGCUCUCAAGUUUCCGGAACUGAGGGAUCUCCAGCUUGUCGAUAUCAAGGAACUGCGUGCGCCGCCGUUAUUCUUCUGUGGUCUCACGACAGUCAGAUCUCUGCAGCUGGAACGCUGCGAUUUCUCGGGAUAUCUUGAGGAGGACGACAUAGGCCUUGGGUGCCCCGAAGAGGCGGGAUUGGAGACUCUUGAAUUCCGCGCAUGCCACAGCUUCAUUCUCGCGAAUCUUCAGAAACUAUACAGCGCAUUCCGAGAGAGAGGUGCCCGACUUCCCCGCCCCCAUAUCGAGAGUUGCCCUCAGGUAACGCAAUUGGAAGCCGACUUGCUGUGGGAGAGCUUAGAGAAUCCGGAGCUCUCCACCGGUGCAUUGCCCACGCCGCUCCCGCCCCAUUUUCGAGGACCGUCCUUGCUUGGACCGGCUUUCGAAUUCGUCUCGCCUAAAGAAUCACGGACGAUGCAGAGGUGGAGUGGCGACUCAUCGGACGAGGGUGACUAG